ACUGGGAAAAAAUCCCAAUUCGAAAAAGCACAAAUAUCAAGCGCACAGGUAUUGCGACGCGGUAGGCGAUAAGAUAGGAGUCACUCGCUUUGAUAUCGCUCGCUUUCAGUUAUUCGAAUAAACUGUGCGGUAGUUACGGAUUAGUCGAACCAAAACAACCAAUUGGACUGCUUCGCACAAUACUAAAAAGAGACUUCUCAGUUUUCAACAAGAAACAACAACAAAUUCAAGAAAGGAACAUGAAGUUGCUGUAUUUACUUCUAACACUCUGCCUAGUGUUGGCCCUCAUUUCGACGCCUCUGCGCGCCGAUUCGGUCAAACCACACAUUUGUCCGUGUCCACGCAACUAUGACCCCGUUUGUGCCUCCAAUAUGGCCACAUAUCCCAAUCGCUGUGAAUACAAUUGUGCGCGUCGUGAGUUCGAGCGAACUGGCCGUAACUUGGACUUGUUGCGAUCGGGCAGCUGCUAAGAAAUGGAACUGAAAUGGAACAUUGUGAAAUAAAACUGCAAAAUAUGUUUAUUUGAAAAAUUAUAAAUAAAAAUCAAUAUUUAUGUGCAUAUCCUCUAGUCACAAGCACUA